ACCAAAGAGUGAUCACACCAUAAAUAUCAGAUUUCUACAGAAUCUACAGAAUUAAAUUUCACAAUGGCGAACAACGAAUCAACGAUAUUUGCAAAAAUGUUGUUCCUUCAGAGUUUAUUAAAGUGCGGAAAAUUUUGAAAUGAACAAUCAACGUAAAUCACAUGUUUUUCUUUCGAUACGUGACAAGUUAGAUAUUGUUAAAAUUGUAAAUAAAGGCGAAACAAUGACAGAAGUGGCAAAACAGUAUAAUAUUUCAAUAGCGACAGUAAGUACUUUGUUAAAGAAGAAAAAGCAAAGGCUCAAAAAUGCGAAUACUUGGAAUGAACGAGUUUUAAAUAAAAAGAAAGUUAUUAAGCGAGUGCGUAAUGAAGAAUUAGAGAGAGCAAUUCUUAUCUGGUUUAAAGAAAAACGCGAAAUUGGGGAAACAAUAACAGGUCCAAUGCUCUGCGAAAAGGCGUUAAAGUUUAAUCAACUUUUAAAUGGUUCGGAAUUUUUUAAAGCAAGUAUUGGAUGGCUAGACAGUUUAAAAAAACGACAUGGAAUUCAAUUAACGACAGUGGGUGAGAAAAAGUCAAAUAUCGAAUUUGCGAUUGAAUUUUGCUUUCAAUUUCAACAUUUAAUUGUCGAGGAUGAUUACAAUUUAAGUUUGAUAUUCAAUGCUGAUGAGAGUGGUCUUUUUUGGAACAGUCUACCAGGAGGAAUGAAACUUGGUAGUUCAGACUCAGAAACUAAGGACAUGGUGACAACCCUAUUUUGUUCGAAUGCUGAUGGUUCCUUUACCUUACCACUAUUACUAAUUGGAGAUGAUCUGGAUUAUCAUUCCAAGAACACGGAAUUACCAGUAAUUUACAAAAACGAGCCCUCGGCUCAUAUGAAUACUUUUAUUUUUCUCGAUUGGUAUAUAAACACAUUUAUUCCAACAGUGGAGAAAAUGCAGGACAGAACGAAAAAUUAUGGCAAAGUUUUGCUAUUAAUUGACAAUGCGAAAUGUCAUCCGUCGAAGGAAAUUCUCGAUUCAGUGAAUGAUAAUUUUAAAGUUGAAAUCAUACCGUCUAAUAUAACGUCAUUAGUGCAGCCAAUGGGUCAGGGUGUAUUUGAAAUGACAAAAGCGGCUUAUCGAAAAGAAUUACUCACAUCGUUAUUAAAUGCAGACGAAAGAAAUUCUGUCGAAGAAUACAUAGAAACGUAUUCAUUCAAUGAUUUCUGUUCCAAACUUUCAAGUGCAUUUAAAUCUAUCCGGCAAUUUGACUUGCAGAAUGUUUGGAGUAAACUUUUAGGAGUAUCUCUCUUGUCACCCUUAAAUGACGAAGACAUCUGCCACGAUUAUGAAUCGGUAGAAAAUAAAUAUUCAUAUUUACUACGAAAAAUUGAAGGUUUCGAAAAAAUUACAUCAAAAGAUGUAAAAACGUGGUUAAACGCAGAUCAACAGUAUCCAGGAUGGAGACCAUUCACAGACAGUGAAAUUAUCACAUCUGUCACUAAUUCAGAGGAUAUUGAAACUAUGGAAAUGAUAAAUCAUGAAAUGUUGAUCAACGAAUCGGAAGAAUCGAACAAAAACAACGGGAACGAACUUUCUAAAGUCAGUCAAUUAAAUACGAAAAUCGUCGACUCAGAAAAACCGAUUAAAGUCUAUACGAAAAUUUUUAAAAAAGUUGAUCAAAUACCAUCUAGACAAGAAGCGGAAGAAGCUCUACGAAUUUUUCACAAUUGGUGUAAACAAUCCAAGGACUAUACAAAAACAGAUUCUCUUCUUUUUCAAAAAUGGAAAAAAUUACUUGAAGAACAAGAAGACGUAUAAAACUUAUCAUAUGAACAAACAUUUUCUCAAGACUGAUUUUUAUUGUAUUUUCAAAGAUAUAAAAUGUUGUUAAUAAUAAUAAUUGCUGCAAAGUUGCUUUAUAUUGACAAAUUCGAAAAACAACCUCAAAGUUUCUGAGUAAUAAUUGAAAUCUGAUAAUUAACAGAAAAUUGCUAUCUCCAAAGUAAACAUGAUUUCACUGUGAUAAAAUUCUUCAAAUGAAAAAUUAAAUUUUCAACUAAAAUAAAA